CUGGGAGGGGAUCAGUACUAAUAGUUAACAGGCAGGCAGAGUGACAGUCUCAUUUCUUGCUUGCAGAAGGAAAGGCAGUGUUCUGGGUGAGAGUCACCUCCUGCAGAUUCUAAGCCAUGGCCGAUGAUGAUGUUGCAGCUCUGGUGGUCGACAAUGGGUCUGGGAUGUGUAAAGCUGGUUUUGCGGGCGAUGAUGCUCCCAGAGCUGUGUUCCCUUCCAUUGUGGGACGUCCCCGUCACCAGGGAGUGAUGGUUGGAAUGGGUCAGAAAGACAGCUAUGUUGGAGAUGAAGCCCAGAGCAAGAGGGGCAUUCUGACCCUGAAGUACCCCAUUGAACACGGCAUUGUCACCAACUGGGAUGACAUGGAGAAGAUCUGGCACCACACCUUCUACAAUGAACUGCGAGUGGCCCCAGAGGAGCAUCCUGUUCUCCUCACAGAGGCACCCCUCAACCCCAAAGCCAACAGGGAGAAGAUGACCCAGAUCAUGUUUGAGACCUUCAACACCCCAGCCAUGUACGUUGCCAUUCAGGCCGUGCUGUCCCUGUACGCUUCUGGCCGUACGACUGGCAUUGUGCUAGAUUCUGGUGACGGUGUGUCCCACACCGUGCCGAUCUAUGAAGGGUAUGCCUUGCCUCAUGCCAUCCUGAGGCUGGACUUGGCUGGUCGGGAUCUCACUGAUUACAUGAUGAAGAUCCUGACUGAACGCGGCUAUUCCUUCACGACCACAGCUGAGAGGGAGAUUGUGCGUGACAUCAAGGAGAAACUUGCUUAUGUGGCCCUGGACUUUGACUCUGAGAUACAGACAGCCAGCUCCUCUUCAGCCUUGGAGAAAAGUUACGAGCUCCCUGAUGGCCAAGUCAUCACCAUUGGCAAUGAGCGCUUCAGGUGCCCAGAAACCAUGUUCCAGCCCUCCUUCAUUGGUAUGGAAUCCAAUGGUAUCCACGAGACCACAUAUAACAGCAUCAUGAAAUGUGAUGUGGAUAUCAGGAAGGAUCUGUAUGCUAAUACUGUCCUGUCUGGUGGAACCACUAUGUUCCCCGGUAUUGCUGAUCGGAUGCAGAAGGAAAUCACAGCCUUGGCUCCGAGCACAAUGAAGAUUAAGAUCAUAGCUCCACCAGAGAGGAAGUAUUCAGUAUGGAUCGGAGGCUCCAUUUUAGCUUCUCUGUCCACCUUCCAGCAAAUGUGGAUCAGUAAGCAGGAGUAUGAUGAGUCUGGUCCCUCUAUUGUCCAUCGCAAGUGCUUCUAACUUGCUGUAGGGUUCUUUUCAUUACCUAGGGCUUGUUCACAUUAAGGUGACUUGAAGCCUCUGCUCUUUCUCACCACUCUACGUUUGCCCAGUAUGACCUAUUACUUCCUGCCUUUUUCACACCCGUCCAUCUUAAAUUCUGUUCAAAUCUGAGAAUGGAUGUUUAACAUUCUAAUAGAUAAUGGGGAACAGUCUGAGAGUAUGAAAUGGUGUAAUUGUUCUAAGAGUUUGCUUAAGGAAUACCAACCAUCUCCCUUCAGAGGGAGCAGGCAGGAUUGUACAAAUCUUGAGGCCUCAGUGUUACAGCUGAGAAGUCUAUUUUUGUAAUAGGUCCUGUGUUUUACUGUUAUCAUUUGGAAAUAAAUAUUGAAUUGAUUUCCUGA